AUGUUUCGUAUAAUUACUUCAUCAAACAAGGUUCUUGCUCAACGUGUGGCUCGUUCCACAUUAAAUUUUGUUCGAACUGCAUCGGCAACUGAUCCGGAAUCUGGUUCUGUUGCUGCUGAUCACGGUGCAUUCGGUAAGAAAGAAAAAGCUGAAGAAACACGUUGGGCUCGUCGUCAAGAAGCUGAACAAGCAGCAAAAUAUCGAGCUACACGUAACAAAUCUGGUCAAGAACAAUCCGGUGCAAAAAAUGCAGGAGAUUCACCUCGACAACGCAUUGCUGCACUGGAAGCUAAAAAACAAAAAAUUGACAAAGAAAUUGCCGAACUCAAACGUCAAUUAGAUUGA